AGCAGCUGGGCUCGUGUUUUGAUCGGAGCCAUUUGUGAGCUGAUCGGCGGCGAAGCAGGCAACAUGGCCUGCACGGCCCGAUGGAAUGAGCCUGGGCAGGCGCGAAGCCGAGCAUCUCCACAACGCCGGGCCAGUGAAGAGCGUGAACUUGUAUGGGCCCCUUGGCCCACGUUGAAGAACGAGCGGCCAACCGGUGCCAAAGGCGAGCCGAAAGCCACGCAGCCUCCGAAGACCGCGCGCGCCGAGCUGCGAAGGACGCAGCCGAGCCUCUCUCUCUUCAGUCGCCCGGGUUCACCGGGGCGGAUCUCGCCCGCCACCGCUCGGACCACGCGGCUGUCCUCACGUCCCAGCUCUCCCACUCCAAAGCAAAGCAUGCCCUUUGCCACCUUGUUGCCGCAGAGGGGACGAACGGAGGCUGUGAAGAUGAGAGCGAGUAGUACCACUGGCAACAUCAAGGUGCCCGUCUUGCGCGGAUUGGAUGCAGAGGCUGUUUCAGGUCCGUCGCAGAAGCGAAGCCGACCAGGCGAUGCCCCGGAACCGUCUCUGACACCCAGAGGCACUUGUCCAGCGCGCUUCACCACACUUGCAGAGGCAAGAUGGGCCUUCAAGACACGCGUUGGCGCAGUGGAGCAAGCAUGCAUGAGGGUGGUUGUCGAACGGAGCUUUCGGCUGACAGUCAUUUCGUCAUCUUCAGCUGAAAGAGAACGGCCGAUCCCUGCCUGGCAUAGAGCCCAGCCUGGACGUUCGCAAGGCAGUGAUGGACCUGACACCACAUAUGAUGGAGCAUGCAUGGGCUUUGCCUCAGCGGUGGGGGCACUACAGCAUGCGUGCUGCAAGCUGGGCGGAAUGGAGGUCCAGCUAUCAAGAUGAGCGACGGAACCAGUAAGUGAAUGGGGAAUUUGGCAGCAGAGAGAACAGGCAAGCUACGGGUUGACUGCGGUGCAGUACGUAUUCUGGGGCAUGCUGAGAUCCGGCCAUCAGUUUUCACAUGGAUACCAAGACGGCUGGGUAGGGAAAACGGUUGAUCUCGGAGGUGCCUCACGUUUCGGCAGUUUUGAUGAUUUCCUGGUAGAGUACUGACAGGAAUGAUAGAGUACUGACAGGGAUGAUAUUCGUUGCAUUUGGAGGUAAUUCACAACAAUUGGGGGGCGUCCUCUGGGCCCAUGAGCAAUAAUAAUCUCCGCCGAUGUUCUGAGGGAUGUUGGCCGAGAGCUGGCACGUGGCUAAAGCCUUUGUGGCCGACGCACCGUUAUGGUGUAUGAGAGUGAAGUCAAACAGCAAGAUGGCACCAUUGCCUGUUUACAGAAGGUACCUGGGAGUCAGUUUGCAACCUUGCGUAGCAC